GGCCUCCCUGACUUGCCUCCGCUCGCUCUCCCUUCAAUCUCUCUCCCUCCAUCCCCCCACUCGUCCAGACAAGCCCCCUCACUGCAUGCAACAAUGCAGACCGCAGUCCAACAUUUUCCUCUACAUCUCGCGCCCCCAUACUCCAGACAAUCCAUUAGUAGCGCCGUCAACAUGAAUUCAAACGGUCUCCCCACGCCCCCAAUCGCCACCCGCAAGCGCAAGCGCGCCCAUCAAUACACCGUCAGCUACUCCGAAGUCCACGAGGUCGAUAGCGAGGGCAGACUCAGAGAAGUGAUCGUCAUCGACGACACUCCCCCACCUACGGCUUCUCCCGCUACCACUACUCACACCAACGGCUACUCUGCAUCCUAUCAGCCCCCAACAUACACGGCACCGAUAAGGACAAGAGCCCGUGCAGCCGCAGAGGCAUUGGCACUCUCUGCCAGCACCUCAUCCGCCGUCAUCUCAGCCCCGGCAGUCAAGAAAAGAAGGCGGGACAACGGCGAGGACGCAGGUACCAUCACUAGGAAGCCAGCACCUUUGGCAGCCCAUGCUGUACCGAAUAACACAUCUUGGGCUCCUGCCACUGGCGCGGACUCAUCAAAGUCUGCUGCUCCGUGCGACGAUAAAGAAGGUCACUAUAUUAUUGUCCCCGAUGACAUUAUUUAUAAACGAUAUCGGACCGUCCGAUUACUGGGUCAGGGCACAUUUGGCAAGGUGGUGGAGGGCGUCGAUGUCACCAACGGUCAACGAGUCGCGAUCAAGAUCAUCCGCGCCAUCCAAAAAUAUCGAGACGCAAGUAAGAUCGAGGUUCGAGUCCUCCAGAAGCUCAAAGAACGUGAUCCUAUGAAUCGACACAAAUGUAUACAUCUUUUGCAUUCGUUCGACCAUCGGAACCACAUCUGUCUCGUCACAGAGUUGCUUGGGAUGUGUGUAUAUGAUUUUCUCAAGGAAAAUGACUUCGCCCCGUUUCCUCGACACCACAUCCAAGACUUUGCGCGACAGCUGCUGGGAAGUGUUGCUUUCUUGCAUGACCUGCAUCUAAUCCAUACGGAUCUCAAGCCAGAAAAUAUACUAUUGGUGAACAACGGUUUCAGAACGGUGUCAGUGCCUGUGGCCGGUAAGCGAAAUGGAAAGACGAAACGUAUCCUGGAUUCGACGGAUAUUCGGCUUAUAGACUUCGGAUCAGCUACAUUCAAUGAUGAAUAUCACUCGACCGUUGUGUCGACAAGGCAUUAUCGAGCGCCUGAGAUCAUACUCGGUCUUGGCUGGUCAUACCCCUGCGAUGCAUUCUCGCUGGGCUGUAUUCUGGUCGAGUUUUACACUGGGAUCGCCUUGUUCCAGACACACGACAAUCUCGAGCACCUAGCGAUGAUGGAGAUAGUCAUGGGCAAGAUGCCUGAUCGCCUCGCUCGUCAAGGUGCGAGGUGUAAACCGGAGUUCUUCAAGGAGGGCAAUAAGCUAGAUUGGCCGAAGCCGAAAGCCUCUAGGCAAAGCAAGAAGGAUGUGCGAGCGACACGCAACCUCCAUGACAUUGUUCCUCCAACGGACACUAUCAACCGACAGUUCUUGGAUCUUGUUCGCAAACUCCUUGCUUUUGAUCCCAACACGCGUAUUUCGGUGCGGGAGGCACUCAAUCAUCCGUACUUUGCGCAAUCUGUGCCACAUGAGCUCUGAUGUACCCCAUUUCCGCCCUCACCCUGAUCUCCUCUCCUCUUUUCUGCGCCAUGAUGUCAUUUCUUUGAUCUCGUAUUCCGUCUAGUUGGACGGGGGGGAAUUUAACCUGUGUUUCGUUUUCGGUCUCUGGCAUUGAAUCAUGUACCCUUACUCGCUCGUUCGCCUACCGUCCACGUCUGCAAUAAUGCACUUGCAUCUCUGUCUCUCCCUGUCGGUUACUCGCCCAUACAUUAUACACCUUCAUUUGCUGCUGUGUCAUCUCGUACUCCUUCGCUUUCCUUUCCUGUUUUCCUCCCCUCCUCCUCCGCUGUUCUGCGUAAUUUCGUUUUACUUGGUUCAAAUUUCCUCAUGUCGAUGUUCGCAUUGGCGUGGCUCUGUUUAUUGUGGAUCGUAGGAUCUCCCUUCCACUUUCCUCUCUCAUCCUGAUUGUCACUUAUAUGUGUACUUUUCCCUGUCUCAGCC